GUAGAUAGCAUUUUCAAAACACUGACACUAAUCUCUAACGCUAUUUCCAAACAAGUCCUUAAUUGCGUUCCAGCAAGAAUAAGUAAUCAAAGAAUAAAUUGAAAAACCGGCCCAACUCAAAAGUUACUACGGCCCAACUAAUUCUUGCAAAUACUGAGAAUUCCGUUUCUGCUUUUCAAAUUUCAACUACUGUUUCCUCCUCAGAACUCAGAAGAAAAAAUCAACUUCGGAAACAUUUUUCCAGUCCAUCCAUCUGCCUCUCCGUCGAACUCGGAGCGGAGCGGAUGACGACGGAAACUCCUCCCUACACUCACCGGAGCCGUUCCAUUUUCGAACUUCCGGCGGACUUCUUCGAUUCGUGUCGCCUCCUUCAGACUCCAUUUGCGUCCCCACUCCCGAUCGCUGAAGAGAAGUUAGGGAGGGAGGAGCCGGCAACCGAAACCACCACCACCGCCACCAGCAGCACCAGUAAUGUUAUGCGAAGAUGGUCUUGCAAUGCCUGCAAAGCUGAAUUCGAGUCACUGCAAGACCAGCGCUCUCAUUUCAAGUCCGAUAUUCAUCGUCUUAACAUAAAACUAAGUAUUGCUGGAAAGGACACGAUAAGGGAAGAAGAUUUUGAUGAUGUCACCCCAGAUUCAUUAUGCAAGGAUUAUGACAUCUCAAGUAUAUCAGCAUCCGAUGAUGAUGAUGACAGAGAAACAGUUCUGCGUAAUGACUUUUAUCCUGGACUGCCCGGAAUUUUGAAAAACAAACUGUUCAUACAAUUGCAGACUGGAGAGAUAGUUUCACUGUGGAAAUCUUUACUCUUGAAGGAGUCGGAUCACAUUUUAUUUGAGAAUGUUAAACCGUUUGCCACAAAUGAGAAUGAUGCAACGAUUAUGCUAUACUUGAGGGAAAGGGAAGUUAUUGAAAAGCUAAAGUAUUUAAUCCACAAAUCAAGGGAUAAUGCCCCGAUAAGGAUUGUGUUGCUUGCAAGAGGUGGGCACUUUGCAGGUUGUGUCUUUGAUGGUAGUUCUGUAUUGGCACAUAAAACAUUUCACAGGUAUGUUAUCCGAGCCAAAGCUGGUAAAAAGCAAUCAUCAAAGGAUGCAAGUGGGAAGAUUGCUCACUCUGCUGGAGCAUCACUUCGUCGGCAUAAUGAACUUGCUUUAAAAAAGGAAAUUCAAGAAUUGCUGACUUCGUGGAAGCCUUACUUUACCAUGUCAUCUUGUGUUUUUGUGCAUGCUCCUUCAGACAAUCGUCAACUUUUCUUUGAUGGGAACAUACCCUAUUUUGCAUGUCAGCAUAAUGCCAUUAGGAGUGUUCCUUUGACAGUUCGAAGACCUACCUUUAAGGAGGCUCGACGAAUAUAUAACUUAUUGACUCAAAUUACCUUUGAGGUUAAUGAGGAGGCUUACUCUAAUACAGAAGAAGGCUCACUCUUAAGUAAAACCCUUUGUGAGCAUGGCUAUCCCGAGCUCAUUAAAGAAGCAGGACAAAAUUCUGAGAAUAAGGAGAUCAUUGAUCAAUCUAUUAUUACUGGCACAAAGUUUGAUGGAGCCAACUUAUCAAGUGAUAGUGGAGGUGAAAGUGAAAAUGACAUCGACGGCGUUACAACACCUUUACAUGAAGCGGCUAAGUCUGGGAACGUUAAAGAGGUUUUGGAACUUCUAGAACAGGGUAUGGAUCCAUGCAUAAAAAAUGAGAGAGGCCGAACUCCGUAUAUGGUUGCCACAGUGAAAGAAGUAAGAAAUACUUUUAGACGUUUCAUGGCAUCAAACCCUGAUAAGUGGGACUGGAGUGCUGCAAAGGUGCCUAGUGCAUUGACAAAAGAAAUGGAGGAAUCUCAAGCAGCUAAACAGGCAGAGAAAGAUGCCAAGAAAAAAGCAAGGGCAAAAGAACAUAAGAAACUGCGAAAAGCAAAACAAAAGAAGGCUCAGGCUGAGGCCAAUGAAGCACAUAUUGCUUCAAUCAAGUCGGAGGGCCAAUCACCUGCUCUCGUUAAUGCUCCCAGUGGUUCAUCUCAAUCUAGCCUUCCAAUAAAAUUGUCUAAAGAGGAGGAGCUGAAAAGGGCUCAAGAUGCCGAAAGGGAAAAGAGAGCGGCUGCAGCUGAGAGAAGAAUGGCGGCGGCAGCAGCAGCAGCAGCAGCAGCAGAUGUCAGGUCUCAAAGCACACUGGGAACAGAGAUCUUAUGUUGUUGCUGCAACGUUUCUCUGGCGGGUAAAGUUCCUUUUCAUCGGUAUAACUACAAAUACUGCAGCACAUCAUGUAUGCAUGUGCAUGGAGAUAUCCUUGAAGAUGGAUGACUCUUCUCCUCUCUUCUCUUUUCUUCUCUUCUCUUCUCUCAUUCGAACUUCGUUGUCUGUAUUCUGUAUAGAAGAGUUAUGGGGACUUUUCCAAUUCAACCCUCAUAGUAAUAUUUAUCAUCAUAAACCAGUCUUUGUGAGGUGCAGAGUAGGCAUGCAUGGGAACAUCCAAUGGAUGAUGACAUCACUCAAAUUCAUGCUUCUCUUCCAUGAACUUGAAAUGUAAUAUUGUACAAAACUACAAAUAAGGAUUCAUUGUGGAG